AUGAACAUUACCAAGCACCACCUGUCACCGCCAUCCCUGGCCGAGCUGGCAGAUGUCCUCACACCAGCUUUGCAGGCCAAUUUCGAGCAUGCCCACGUCCAGGUCGAGCCAUGUCCAGAUCUGCGAAAGCCUCCGUACCAUCUCGCCACCGAAGGACUAUGUGGUGGCGAGACUGUCGCAGAUAUCGGCGGCCAGCCCAACUUGUUUCCCGAGCCUCGCUUGGACUGCAAAUACUCUCUCCUCGACAUUGCAAAGGCAAUGGAUAUGAGUCCACACCAAGGACAGCUGCUGGGUGCAGGCGCCGGACCAUUCCACCGUAUUGGAGUCAACUCUGAGCUAUCGCCCAACCUCAGCUGGGAAGGCAGCUUUGAGAACGUCAAGAAUCUGACCUACUACACCAAGUAUGAUGGGACCAAUGGCAAGCACGCUGCCAGUUGUGAGCGCAGUCCCACAUCGGACUGUGCCUUCAUGAUGAACCUCUUCGGAUCCUCUGGACUCCCGGGGGAUGUACUCAAGAUCACCGCCCGAGCCCGAAAAGGCGAACACAAGAGCUUCACGGAGUGCAUUCGACGCACCUUGGCCGAGACGUACGGGGACGCACAGCCGAUCAGUAUGGGAGGCAUGUUUCUCAUCAAGCAAGGCCAUGCGUACUUCCAUGUCAUGCCAGACUUUCCCGCGAAGAACGGACCUCCCUUCAAGGAUGCAAAGCAGUUGAACGAGUGGUUAACGUACCACACAUUUGAGGCCCCGAUUGUCUGCUUGACCGUAUUCCACUCUGCAGAUCCGGGCAAGAAGCUCGAUCUUCGAAUGGAGCAUACGCACUGCUUUUCCACAGAGGGGGAUCGUGGAGGCCACUAUCAUUACGACCUCCCGCCGGGGGAGGGUGUUGCCGAGGAGAUCGAGUACGAGGCCUAUUUCAACACGGCAAAAACGCUCUAUCGCAUCGACAAGCCCGAUGUGAUAUUGGAACGAGACUUGCAUGACUAA